AUGGUACACGUCACAAAGGGUGAUUUUAUUUGGGUGGAGCCCCCAAAAGGGACUGGCUCGGUGCCAAUCGGAGCACGGGUUAUCGACGCUGAUCAUGGAAAGUUGAAGGUUGUAGAUGACGCCGGAAAGGAAGAAUGGCUUUCCUCCGACCGCCGGGUAAAGCUAAUGCACCCGACGUCCGUACAAGGCGUGGAAGACAUGACCCAGCUAGGCGAUCUUCACGAAGCCGCUAUUCUUCGUAACAUUUCCGUGCGAUAUCGCGAGAAGUUGAUCUAUACCUACACCGGUUCAAUUUUAAUUGCCGUGAAUCCGUACGUCGAUAUUCCGCUCUACACCCUGAACAGUGAGCAUUUAAUUCAUUCAUUUAUAGUGGUGAAUCCGGAGCCGGAAAGACUGAAAGCACCAAACUUGUCUUGCAAUCCCUGGCCACCAUUUCCGGGCAGCAUUCGUAGAUUGAACAACAGGUCCUUGAAGCCAAUCCUAUCUUGGAAGCUUUGGAAAUGCAAAGACAAUCCGAAACGACAAUUCAUCACUCAUGGCGCAAUCGAGGGCGCUAGAAUUGAGCAAUACCUGCUGGAGAAGUCGAGAAUCGUCGCCCAAUCGCCGGGAGAACGGAAUUAUCACGUUUUCUAUUGCUUGUUAGCCGGACUUUCGCUUGAAGAGAAGCAGCAAUAUGACCUCACGGCCCCUUCGGAUUAUUUCUAUCUAACCCAGGGCAAAACACUAAUCGCUGAUGGCCGUGAUGAUGCGGCUGAUUUUGCUGAUAUCCGAUCAGCCAUGAAGGUGUUGAUGUUCAAAGAUCCGGAAGUCAGCUCGAUUUUUCGUAUCCUAGCUGCCCUUCUUCAUAUUGGAAAUAUCAAAUAUCGAUGUGCCGACGAUGUCGCACAAUUUGGAAGGGGUGGAAGUGGCCGAUUUAAAUUUGGUGAAGUGGUGGCUCGAUUGUUGCACUUUGAUGAACGGGUAUUGUUGAAUACGUUGACAACAAAAACUAUCGUCACACGCGAGGAACGUGUAAUAUCAACCCUAACCCCGCAACAAGCUGUCGAUACCCGUGACGCUUUUGAGAAAGGUGGCGACAGUUGGUGGGCAAUUCAAGAAAUCCUGGAAUCGCUGAUGAAUGCGCUACAACAAACGGAACCAUUCUUCAUUCGUUGCAUCAAGCCAAAUGAGUUCAAGAAACCAAUGUAUCUGGAUCGAACGCUUGUUAUUCGGCAACUACGG